UCAGUCCAUCCCGGUUUAUUUACAACCAUCUGUCUAAACUUCACAACUGAAACUGAAGUCUUCAGUCAGCUGUUUUGUGCGUGUCAUCGUUACGUCACGUUGUUCUGUUCUCUUGGUGUCUAUGGUCAAUCGGCAUAAAUCGGUUAGUCGAGUUCCCAUCACUAGUACCCAACCGUAUUCUGAGAAUUAGGUUCACAGACCAACUUUCGUUUUAUUUUUGACACGUAACUUUUAAAUAUCUGGGACUGUUUUUAGGUUAUUUUAUUAGACGUAAAUAAUUAACAAACAACAAUGAGCAAAUCAGGAAGCAAAGUUGUUAAGGGUUCCUCAGCGGACCCCACCAAAGUGUGUAUGGCCCAGCUGGAGGCUGCAGAGCAGUACCUAGCUGGGAUCUACAAGCUAGCUUGUAGUUUGCAGGGAAAGUCGGACCCAGCUAGCGUUUCAAUGUUCAGAGUCCGUUUUGAGGACUUAAAAGAGAUGCGUGACCUAUAUCGAGACGCCUACACGAGCCUGAAGGGUCUGUCGGUUGAGGAGUCCGCGCUGGAACAGGCUGACCAUAAUUAUAUAAAAUUCUGCGAGAUGGUCUAUUCCGUGAAAGUGAUAGCAGAGGGAUUUUUAUCGACUAGCAGCGGUACUCGGGUGGAGCCGAGAUCAACUCAAUUUCAACUGCCCAAAAUAAACCUACCGAGUUUCUCGGGUGUCUACACCGAGUGGCCCAACUUCAUAGGGUUGUUCGAUAGCCUCAUCCACAACAAUGAGGGUCUAUCCAAUGUACAGAAAAUGCAUUACUUGGUCGGCGCAUUGGAUAGGGAACCUCUCGCCUUAGUUAAGCACCUGCAGUUGUCCGACGGAAACUAUAGUAUUGCUUAUCAGCUUCUCAAGGAGCGCUAUGAAAAUAAGAGACUUAUAGCUGAUAAGCAUCUAGAAGCCAUACUGUGUACAUCAUUGGGACAGGGUUCAGCAGUCAACCUCCGUAAAUUUGUUAAUGUCAUAAAGGAGAACAGUAUGGCUCUGGGUGCUUUAGGCUUUGAUGUGAAGUCCUGGAGCUUCUUAUUACUCCACAUCAUCCUCAGGAAACUUACCCAAGACCUUAGGAGUAGGUUUGAGCUUAGCCUCGAUGGUUCUUCUAGCACCAUACCCACAUUCUCCUGCUUGCUUGCCUUCUUGGAGAACCAGCUGAGGGUGUUGGAGGCUGUUGGUGGCUCCAGGGGUUCAAGCAACCAGGGGACUCCGGGGACUUCACAAACUAGGACAAGUCUUGCCGCUAUGGAUAUUUCAUGUGUGCUCUGUAGGGGUAGCCAUAGCAUUUAUAACUGCGACACAUUCAACGCCAUGACACCUAGCCAACGUAAGGAGGUAGUCACACAGCAGCGCCUAUGUUACAAUUGUCUGCGCUCCCACUCUGCAAAUAGAUGCACAUCAAAAAGUAGGUGCUCAGUGUGCAAUGGUCGCCACCAUACCAAAUUGCAUCUGCCAUUGCCAACCUCGUCCUCGUCAACAUCUCCAUCACAGUCAUCAUCAUCAUCAUCGCCUCCGAUAGCUUCCACAUCAUCAUCAUCUAUGGUAGUGCCCUCUGAAAGUCUACCUGCAGUGUCUGGGCACUCGGCUGCAUCCCUCAACUCGACGGUCUCUGACGGUAGGGUGCAGAGCACCAUGCUGCUGGGAACAGCGAUGGUCGGAGUACAUGACUGUAAUGGUCACGUACACAUAGUGAGAGCCUUGUUGGACAGCGGAUCUCAGGUAUCGAUUGUUACGGAGAAUUUGGCCCAGAAGCUGCGGCUUCCCCGCAGUUCAUCUGGCAGUUUGUAUGGUUUGGGAGGUUCAUCUGCUCAGCGGACCAAUGGCAGCAUUGAGAUCCGAGUGACAUCCCGUCAUGAUCGGUCAGCUCCUGGGUUGGUAACCACAGCUGUAGUUUUAAAGCGCAUCACGGGUAAUCUCCCUACUGCUUCUGUAUCUCCACGUGUCAUGGAGCGGUGCCAACAUCUUAUGCUUGCAGAUGACAGGCUGUCCACCCCGGGUCCCAUCGAUGUCCUCAUAGGCGUGGACCUGUAUAGUCAGGUGUUCAAGGGUGGUUCUUACCAGUUGGGUGAAGGUUUUCCCACAGCGCAUGAAUCUGUGUUUGGGUGGAUUUUGAUGGGACAAGCGCCAGUCAACUCUCAAGUGUGUAGUCUCAUGUCUCUGUCUUGCACGACCGACGAGCUGAACUCUACCUUGUCCAAGUUCUGGGAGGUAGAGGAGGUUCCAGCCACCGCCGUGCAAGAUCCAGAGAACAUUCUUUGUGAAAGGCAUUUUGUGGAGACACACACUCGGGACGAGACGGGACGGUUUAUUGUGCGACUUCCCUUCAAAUCCACCCACAUGCCUCUGGGCGAUACCCGUACAUACGCCUUGAAAAGAUUCUUUAAUUUAGAGCGCAAGCUACAGAGAGACGCCAGGCUUCACCAGCUCUACAGCGCAUUCAUGGCCGACUACCUUGAAACUGGCCAUAUGCGGCCUGUGUCCACGCCUAGCUGUAACGAAAGGUACUACAUACCUCAUCACGGGGUUCUAAAGGAGAGCAGCAGCACCACUAAACUUAGGGCGGUCUUCGAUGCGUCGCAUCCCAGCUCCACCGGUGUCUCGCUGAAUCAAGUUUUGAUGCCUGGUCCCAAGCUGCAACAGCACAUUUCGGACGUCAUAUUGCGCUUUCGCACAUACGCAGUCGUGUUCACUUGCGACAUAAAGCAGAUGUACCGGAAUGUGCGCAUGCACGACGACGAUUGUCGGUACCAGACCAUCUUUUGGCGCGAGUCACCGGACCAGCCCCUCCGGGAGUUUGAGCUGACAACCGUCACCUAUGGCGUAUCCAGUUCAGCUUAUCAAGCGAUCCGCGUCUUGCACGAAUUAGCUAACAUCAACGAGGUCAAGUGUCCAGAGGUUGCCCGUAUCCUUCGGGAAGACACCUUCGUUGAUGAUGUGGUCAGUGGUUGCGGAUCCAUUGAGGAAGCGAAGCUGUUGCAACAACAGGUGGUCGAUGUGUUGUCACAAGGGGGUUUCACUGUUCGGAAGUGGGCCAGUAACCGUGAUGAGGUCCUCCACGGCUAUCCUAGCGAUCACUUGGAGUGUCCCUUUCGAUUCGAGGAAUCAGGGGACAACAUUUUCAAGAUCUUGGGGAUCGAAUGGAAUUCGGACUCGGACAGCUUUGUCUACCAUGUUUCACCUUUCGGGAGAUGCAGAGGUAAGCGGGAGAUUAUGUCGAAUGUUGCUCGUAUCUACGAUCCCUGUGGUUACUUAACUCCUGUGACCUUCAAGGCCAAGGCCUUCUUACAAGGUCUUUGGUCACACAAUUUAGGUUGGGAUGAACCUCUGCCCGAAGAACUCACUACUGAGUGGGCUUCCUUCGCAGAGGGCUUCGUCAAUUUACGGCUGCCCCGGAUUACAAGAUUUGUAUCGUCUGAUCAACCUCAAACCCGUGAGUUGAUGGGUUUCAGCGAUGCCUCGGAAUCUGGGUACUCAGCCGUACUCUAUUUACGCGUGCUAGACGCGUCAGGUGAGGCGACGGUGCAUCUUCUCAUGGGCAAGUCCCGUGUGGCACCCAUCAAGCAGAAGAUGACCAUACCGCGCCUCGAGUUAUCAGGAGCCUUCCUAUUGGCUCGCAUGAUGCAUCAUGUUUUAACGGUGUUGCAGAGUAAGAUGAUCGUCGACCACUCAAUUGCGUGGUGUGACUCCAGCAUCGCUUUGGCCUGGAUUCACACUCCACCGCAUAAGUUAGGGGUCUUUGAAGGAAAUCGGGUCUCCCAGAUUCAGGGUCUCGUUCCUUCAACUGAGUGGCGACACGUUCCAUCAGCGCUCAACCCUGCUGAUUGCGCCAGUAGAGGUCUUCGACCCGACGAAAUUGUCGGGCAUGAUUUAUGGUGGUCCCCGUCUUGGUUACGGGACGACCCUUCCACUUGGCCGGAGAACAUUGCGGUGAACUCGUCCAGUGCCCAAGUGCAUACUGGAACCAUUGCGAGCGAGGAAGAGGUAGUAGCUGUAGACCCUUCUUUCAUUGUCGGUCGCUACAGCUCUCUAUCAAGAACCAAGCGAACAAUGGCUUGGGUUUUGCGAUUCAUCCGCAAUGUUCGAAGUCGCAAUCAUCCGACCAAACAUGACCCGUUGGUCGUACCGGAACCAUUGACGGUUUCGGAGCUUGAUGGUGCCUUGCUGAGAAUGAUUAGGUUGGUGCAGAUGACUUCCUUCUCUGAGGAGAUCACAGCCCUGCGCGAGAAGAAACCCCUCAAGCGACUGACUCAGCUCAGUCCAUUUUUGGAUUCAGAGGGUCUUCUUCGUGUAGGUGGACGUCUUCGGCACUCCGGCUUGCCAUUCUCUGCAAAGCAUCCCAUCCUUUUGCCUUCGAAGCAUUGUCUGACCGAUCUGAUCGUCGACUACCACCACGUCACUCACAUGCACGCCGGACCUGCAUGCUUGAUUUCGGUGCUGAGCCAAAGGUUCUGGAUCCCUUCAGCGCGUCGUGUGGUUCGACACCGAAUACAUAUGUGUCACCGGUGUCACCGCCUGAAGGCUAGACCUUUGCAGCCGCUCAUGGGUGACUUACCUCCCAACCGUGUAGGCCAAAUUCGUCCCUUCCUGAAGGUCGGCAUUGAUUUCGCGGGGCCUUUCCUAGUAAAGGCCUCCACUUUGCGAAAUGCGAAGUCCCACAAGGCAUAUCUGUGUGUCUUCGUUUGCUUCGCCACUAAGGCGAUGCAUUUAGAGGUCACCACAGAUCUCACUACCGAGGCGUUCUUGGCAGCAUUCCAUCGGUUUGUGUCGCGAAGGGGAAUGGCGUCGGAUGUCCAUUCCGAUUGUGGGAAGAACUUUCAGGGGGCUAGGCGUCAUCUAUCGGAGGUAGAAACCUUUUUGCGGAGCAAGCAGAGUGACAUAGACGCUGCUCUGGUUGGUCAGGGUGUCAGGUGGCACAUGAAUCCACCGUAUAGUCCGCACAUGGGGGGGUUAUGGGAGUCCGCAGUGAAGUCCGCGAAGCAGCUGCUGAAACGAACCAUCGGGGAUAGGAUUCUCACUUUGGAGGAGCUGAUGACCGUGUUCUGUCGGGUAGAGGCGGUGCUUAACUCGAGGCCGUUGUGUGCUCUGUCGAAUGACCCAAAUGAUUUGGAGGCGCUCACCCCCGGGCACUUUUUGAUCGGUCAACCGUUGGUGGCGCCACCCGAGCCCUGCUUCGAGGAUAUCCCAAUGCCACGCUUGAAGCGAUGGCAGCUUGUGCAGCAGAUUGCUCAGCACGUGUGGCGCAGGUGGCAGCUGGAGUACUUGCACACUCUGCAGCAGCGUGGCAAGUGGACCAAAGAUCUCCCCAACCUUCAGUUGGGAGACUUGGUUUUGAUUAAGGAGGACCACUUGCCACCUCUACAAUGGCGCAAGGGGCGAGUGCUCGAGCUACACCCUGGACCCGACGGGGUCGUGCGGGUUGUCAAACUCAAGACGGGCUCUGGCACAUGCCUGCGUUCGAUGGCUAAGCUGUGUCGACUUCCCACUUUGCAGGAUUAGGCUGGCUUGUGGGUCCCACCCCAGCCGCACUUACUUUAGUUUUAUAAAU